GUUCAGAUAUUUCAUGAUAAGGCUAUAUCAUAUGAGAGAAAACGCAGCUCUGUUGCGAAUGGGCUUUUAUUCUAUUAAGUGCGCAGACUGUUUACACUCAUAGCCCAUCAUAACAUGCAUAACGGAUUCUGAUCGAAUUAUUUCUGUACACUAUCACCGCCGAGAUUGCACUCUCAGCAUGUCACUUGUUGUAUUGUUCAGGAGCCUUUUUUCUUUUUCUUCUUCUUUUUUUUUUUUUUGCCGCAAUGGUCGUUAACCUCCGAAUGACCCCGUGUGCAGCCCACGUCUCGGAAAGCGCCGCAGACACGCAGUGCAACUGUUGAACCAGAGGAUGGCGCACCACGACAAUCCAAAACACCCAAAGCCCCGGCUCAGAGUUUGCCCUAGCCACGAGCGCAGGGAAAGCGCGCACCCCUUAUAUCCCACCCAGUAUUUCCUGCGUGCACGAGUUUACCUCUGGAGGUCACCGAGCAGGAUUUACGACUGGUCAACAAAAGCACGUGAUUCUUCGCCAUACCCCAUAUUUGGGUGCCUACGUAAGAGAGAAUCAAGUCCAUGUCCCACUCAUUUCCAUAAUUCAUCAUAAAUUGUGCAAGGGUGCUAUAGGACGCGCUAAAGCAUAAGAGCCACAAAUCAAGAACACAGGUUAUGCUAUUUUACCUCUAAAAAUAACCAUCAAAAACAAGAGCAAUACCUACAACAAGCAAACGGUGGAACUGUCAACAAAUGAGCUCCUAUUUUGUGAACUCAUUCUGCGGUCGCUAUCCCAAUGGCGCGGACUUCCAGUUACAUAAUUAUGGAGACCACAGUACGGCAAACGAGCAAUAUAGAGACUCAACAGCCAUGCAUUCCAGCAGGUAUGGCUACGGCUACAACGGGAUGGACCUAACAGUCGGUCGGACCAGUACCGGACACUUUGUGGGAAGCGAGCGGACACCGGGCUACUCCCCGAGUCACUCAGCGGCGACAACACCCGCGGUGGAGCCUGUCAGGUACAACCAGUCCGCAAGCAGCACCGGGAACUCGUCUCUAUCGCCUCCACCUGACUCUCUACCGUGCUCCUCGGUCGCCAGCUCGUCCCCAGUGACCGAGACACAGUCUCAGCACAGAGCUGUGAAAAACUCCAUAACGACCCCGUGCUCAACCCCGUGCUCAAACUCGAACGGAGCCACGCUGCUGCUCAGCCGGGACUGUGUGUCCAAAGCUUCCCCUCUGGAGGAAGAGAAGCCCGCGGGAAGUGCACCGACAACUCCUCAAAAUGUAACCGACUCAACACAGCCUCAGAUAUACCCGUGGAUGAGAAAACUACACAUAAGUCACGAUUUGUCUGGGCCAGAGGGGAAGCGGGCCAGAACUGCAUACACUCGGUACCAGACCCUCGAGCUGGAGAAGGAGUUCCACUUCAACCGGUACCUGACCCGCAGGCGGAGGAUCGAGAUAGCCCAUGCCCUCUGCCUCUCAGAGAGACAGAUCAAAAUCUGGUUUCAGAACCGAAGGAUGAAGUGGAAGAAGGACAACAAACUAAAAAGCAUGAGCAUGGCGGCUGCAGGCGGAGGAGCCUAUAGGCCCUGAUUUUUACACCUUUUAAUCCUGAAAAAAGAGCACUUCAAAAUAAAAAAAGCAAAACAAAGAUUGUCAUAUCAACUUCUCCUCCUAUUCCAAAAAAGCGCAGAGACUUAGCGGGCUGUGUGAGAGAAGGGACAGAGGGGAGGGUCAGCCUAUCUAUAAACCUUCUGUAUGUCCAACAACAGUCCCUUGUAUUCCUUAAUAUAAUUUCAUUUUUAUCCCUACCGUGGUUAUGCUUAUGUGAGUAAAAUGCAUUAUGUACAGUUCUGUCUAGAUUUAGAAGAUGAAAAAAGAGACAUGAAAAUAAAUGUUUGCUUAAAUUAUUUCUUGUUCAGACGGGAAAAAAAACGUUAAAUAAAUAAAAGCUUGAAAUGCUACCCGCCUAGCGCAAAUAAAUCCAUAUUUUCUGUGUGAUGCACUCAACAAUAACAGCUUAAUAAGUAGAAGGUUGAGGUUGAGCUACAUUUGUGUUUGACCUUUCUUUUCUCUGUAUGUACUGUAUAUGUAUGUAUUUAUUUGUUUGGUGUAUUGUACCGAGUUGUCAGAUAACUUGCUUCCAAAAGUAGAACCAGCAGUAAAAGCCUUGUGUGGUUAUUGUAUGUGUUGUGAACACACGUGGACAAAGGUGCCGACUCACCCUUGUAUGUACAGUAGCUGUGCCUUGUAUCUUUUUUUUUUUUUUUUUUUUUUUUUUUUUUUUGCAGGAGCUGCUUUUAUUCUCUUUCUUUCCUUAUUAUUUUAUUAUUAUAUAUAUUUUUUUCUUUUUGCGUUCUUCACCUGGACGCAACAUCUGAGUAAAAGCGUGUUUUAGCUGUUUUUAGGGUCCCACCGUAAAUCUUAUCGCAAUGUGUAUUAUCUCCAUCGUGAUAAGGUUUUUUUUUCUUUCUUUUUUUUUUUUUGUAAAUGUUUUUCAGAAGACUGGAAGUCAAACUAUAGUAUGAUAAUAAUAAUGAUGUUCAUGAUGACGACGAUGAUGGCCAGAAUAAUAAACUUUGUACUGGAACGGCAA